UUUCAGUAACCAGUUCGUAGUUCGUACAUUCUCUGCACUCGUGCGCACCAUUACAUAUGCUAUUAAAAAUUAACACUCAAAUGUUAUUCUUAGAAAUGUUGUGAGUUUAAGUGCACUAUUGGAUUGCAGUGAUUUUUAUUCAAGAGGAACACUUCUUACAUUCUAUGCUAAAUCCGUAUAAUCAACUGUUGAUGAGAUGCGAAAGUUAUAACCAUCAGUGAUGGGCACCUCCAAAGUGGCCGUGGUUACCAAGACAAUGGAAGAAAAGAAGAGCAUCAAGAAUAUACUGAAAAAACCGUUCCAAGCACUCUUCCAGAAGGACAAACGGAAGAAAGACAAAGUCAAAGAAAACAGAGAUAGUGAAAAAACAGAAAUAGUACGCAGUGAAGUCAAGGUGACGCCGGUUUCGGUGCUUCUGGAAAAUCUGGAAAAGCUUGAAUUAAGAAGACAAGCGAAGCUGGAGGAAGAAGACAAUGAGCUUAAUAAUUUCUCUUACCACGUCAUCAAAGACGAUAAGGCGACGGCGAUAGGUUCACAGCUGUCCAGAGAGAGCGGCUUUGACGAGACCUUCACGAACAGUGACGAUGAAGAGGACGGUCACAAGACCGAAACUAGGGGAGACGAUCUGGCGGAGUCAUUACAGAAUCUGAAAAUAGGUGACAAUGAAGCUGUCGGAGAGAGCAUUAAGAAUGACCAAAAAGAAGACAGUUUAAUAGAAUCGCUAAAGAAUUUGAAGGUAGACGACAAAGAAGUAAAGACGGAUGAUAAAAAGAAGAAACAAGUGACAACAGUCCGCAUUGACAGAGGGCCGAAGAAGAAGAAAGUGUCGGACUAUAUACCGUCCGUACAUCCGUACAUAGAAGCUAGCAAUUCAUAUAGACAUAUCAGUCAAGUGAACCCUCAAACUUUAUCAGGCGGUAAUCUGAUAGUUAAUGAGACGAACACACUUGAAACGUGUCCAGAACUGUCUGUAGCCCUCACCCAGCUCGACAGGAGCGUGAAUGACUUCAAGCAAUACUCGAAACAGGAACAGGCGGCUGACUUCGAAACAGCCUUAGACUUUGUCCAAGAAAAAUCAGCCCCAACACAGUCUUCCACCGACAUAUUGCAACAUUUCGAUGACACAAUGAACAAUCUAUGCAUCUACCCGACCCCACCGAGAUCAGAAAAUCUACCAAGUCCCAUGUCCGACUCCCAAAUAUAUAGCUUCCCGCCAGAAUGCUAUCUAUCCCCAGCGACCUCGUCGCCGAUUUAUAAUAGCGAUAAUGAAAAAUAUCAAGAAAUAAACAACGAAUCGCCGACAAAGUUCAGUUACGAGAAACAGAAAUCGUACGGGACAGCAUCUGACGUGUCAACCAUUCUGUCGCCAGCGACCUCCUCAUCAAUAUAUAACAGUGAUAACGAAGGAUGUUCAGCAUCAGCGGACUAUCCCGCUUCAGUCAGCGAGCAGUCCAUGAACGUAUCGAAUCUAUCACCAAUGUGUAACAUUGAUCAUGAGAAAUAUCAGGACAUAUCCUGUGAGUAUAUCCCAAUACCAGCGGAGAAGAAGGAGGGAAGUCUCAGGAGGAAUUCGACUUCCAUGACCAUGAAGCAGUAUAGGGACAUGCAGAAAGAAAUAGCACACGAGUUCUCCAAGAAGCUAUGCUGUCAGGUCAAUAGGAAAUCCUGCAAGGACAUCUUCCAAGGAUACAUGGAGAAGCUAUCUAUGAAGGACAGGAAGUACCUCUGCUAUCAAGUCGCCAACCUAAAGUUGGAGCAAGCCUAUGGUAUACUCCACCAUGUACUGGCUAGUCUCUCCACCAAAGAGGACCCUUUCCAAAUGGCUCUUUUCAGUCUCAUCUGUCAGAAGGUGCUCGCUCUGAAACCGGGGCUGUUUGUGGAUGAAUUCGGACACAACCUCCUAGCGUCAGCUGUCCUCAGAUGUCGUAAGAUACCACUCCUGACGCGGUAUCUGGUCCAGUGUGUGAGGACGGUCACGCGUAGCGAGACAUACAGACCCGCUAACGAAUAUGUGUUCACUGAGGUCAACGACCUCGGUGACAACCUUUUCAUAGCCUGCGCCAGAGCUGGCGACGAAUGUGGUGAUACCCUCAGUGAGCUCGUGAGGAAGGAGGAGAAUGACCCGCCGCUGUUCAACAUACAUCACACCAACACUAACGGUUACACGGCGCUGCACGCGUGUUGCACGCGGCCGUCGGGCGGCGCGGGCGCGGCACACGUGAUGCACGUGCUCCUGAGACACGCCGGGGCCGAUCUCUGGAGGGGGGAUGUCAAAGGCGGUGACACUCCGCUACAUUUGGCUGUGAACUCCGCGACCUGUGACCUCAAGGUGGUCAUGAUACUGUUCCAUCACAUCAGCAUCAAGGACAGGAAGAGCCUGGCGCACGUUCAGAACAGGAGCUUCGACACCCCGCUGGACUACGCGCGCUCGGCGACCAAAUCGCGCCCCAACUACCCGAGCGAGGUGCUCGAGUUCCUGAAGAAGUGUCGCUAAUAAACGUUAUACACUACACGGCUCUUUUAAUAGUGAAAGACAAAACAACCUCUUUGUUGCGGCACUCGUGUGGCUGCGAGCGGGACGGGUGUAAUGCUAUCUCUCUCAGAUCUCUGUAUAACAUUUGUAUAAAAGAGCGAGACAGGUGUAUUGCUAUCUCACUCGGUUCUUUGAUAUGAUAUUUGUAUGCGAGAGCGAGACAGAUGUAUUGCUAUCUCACUCGGUUCUUUGAUAUGAUAUUCGUAUGCGAGAGCGAGACAGAUGUAUUGCUAUCUCACUCGGUUCUUUGAUAUGAUAUUCGUAUGCGAGAGCGAGACAGAUGUAUUGCUAUCUCACUCGGUUCUUUGAUAUGAUAUUCGUAUGCGAGAGCGAGACAGAUGUAUUGCUAUCUCACUCGGUUCUUUGAUAUGAUAUUCGUAUGCGAGAGCGAGACAGGUGUAUUGCUAUCUCACUCGGUUCUUUGAUAUGAUAUUUGUAUGCGAGAGCGAGACAGAUGUAUUGCUAUCUCACUCGGUUCUUUGAUAUGAUAUUCGUAUGCGAGAGCGAGACAGAUGUAUUGCUAUCUCACUCGGUUCUUUGAUAUGAUAUUCGUAUGCGAGAGCGAGACAGAUGUAUUGCUAUCUCACUCGGUUCUUUGAUAUGAUAUUCGUAUGCGAGAGCGAGACAGAUGUAUUGCUAUCUCACUCGGUUCUUUGAUAUGAUAUUCGUAUGCGAGAGCGAGACAGAUGUAUUGCUAUCUCGCUAGGUUCUAAAUCGUUGGUUUAUUUUCUUACAUUAAAUUAGUAUAGAGCUUUAGUUACAUGUUAAGGUUACAAUAAAAACAAAGAUGGCGCUUGACGUAUGUCAAAAUUGCCGCCAAUAUUUUUUUUUCUGGCGAUUGUCGCGCCUUUGAUAUAAAUGGAAUAUAAUAUUUUCGUAUGUCGAUAAGGAUUUUUUUAUUAAAUAUAUUUUUCUACGGACAUUUCGUAACUCGAAAGAUGAGUUUUUUGAUUAUUUGCUAGUAAUUGUAUUAUAUAUAUGUAUAUGUACAAGUUAUAUGUAUAUAUUGAUUUACGACAAACAAUUUCCCGUUUAAUAUUUUUUUAUCUUCUAGUCACUUAAACGUAUAAAUCUCAUAAAUAAUAUUGAAUUUUUAAGCAAGAAAACGGAUAAAAUUAAUGAUUUCGUAUCAUAAGCAUCGUAACUUUAUAAUAGGUCGGCCAUUUUGAUAUGGACUCGGACUCAUUAAACAUGGCGGUCACUGAGCGAGUAUUUUGUUGUAAUAAUAAAUAUAUUGAUUUGUUUAA